AUGCCCCCAGUAGCAAAACCACCAACACAACCUGAACCACAAAUAAAAACGACGCCCACAGCAACACCACCACCACCACAACAUCCAUCAACAACCACUAAACCUUCGACACCCUCAAAAUCUGCUUUUUCCUCUGAACCGUCGCACUUAACUCCUCCCCAUCAAAAACGGAGAUCAAUCAAUGACAUCGUUUCCCCUGCUUCAAAUCAAAAAGAAUCCCUCUCUCAACCAAAACCACAAACAAAAAACAUGAAAACAAAAAUCACAAUGACCAUUUCUCAAUUUCUUGCUCGUGAAAAUCUCCCAAAUCCUCAGAGAAGAAAAACGUUUGCCCCCAAACAAAAUCUAAAAAAGACUACCAACAGAAGGGCAUCUGUUUUUGGUGACCACUGGUAUUCGGCUUUGGGUCUUAGAAAGACAGAAGUUUUGGCUGAUUUGUUUGAAGAACACUCCACUCGUCAUUUGGCCACCUAUCUUAAGCCUCUUCCCAAGGUAUUCAAUAACAUGUGCCAACAUACCUUGAUUCCACACUGUGGAAGUCAUGAGUAUGUAUCUGAUAAUGAUGCCUUGCUCAUUCAUCAUCUUCUAAACUGCAAGAGAUUGAAUCUACCCUAUGUCAUUCUCCAGCACAUGAUUUGUGCAGCCAACAAAGAUUACAUAAAGAAUAUUGUGCCUUAUGGCAUGGUCCUGACUAAAAUCUUCAGGCAUUUUAGAGUUUCUCUUGCAUCUGAAACAUCUCUGAUAAAAAUCUCCAAAUUCUCCACCAAGAAUUUGUCUCAUAUGCGUAAAACUUCCUCUGCUCCAACACCCACUCCUUCAUCUUGUCCCACCUCUCUAAAAAGGAAAAGAUCAUCAGGAAGACAACCUAUCACAACUCCUAUUUCAUUCUCAUCACCUCCUCCUAAUCCUAAGGAAACCCCAGAAAAAAUCCCAACACCAGAACGUUCUCCACCUCCUCCAGAACGUUCUUCAGAACAUAUCCCAGCACCUUCCACCCUAUUUGCUCAAACAUCCGGCAUAUCAUCUUCAACUAUUCCCUCUUAUUCUCAAACACUUCACUCCCCUACCCAUGACUUCAAACUUUCUCCACCACCACCAGAACGUUCUCCACCACCUCCAGAACGUUCUCUAGCACAUAUCCCAACCCCUUCCACUCUAUUUGCUCAAACAUCCGGCAUAUCAUCCUCAGCCAUUCCCUCUUACUCUCAAACACUUCACUCCCCUACCCAUGACUUCAGUACCUUCUUAUCUAAUCCACUUUUCUCUACCAUGUCUCCAUUGUUCGUUUCACCUCAGAAAACCAGCUCAUCCAUCUUUGGCAUUAGUCAGUUUUUGAACUUUCCCGCUACUGAUGGCCCCUCUAACACAUCUGUUGGCCCCCUACCAUCUGUAUCGUCCACUUUUGCUUCUAUUCCAUCCAUAUCUAACAUGCCUAUUCCUUUCAACAUCGUUGUUGCUACCACCUCUCAACCCUCCACUCACCUUCAUUCUACUCCCACCUUAGCUGCACCCUCAAACUCUGACAUUAUGGCUGCCCUUCAGAUCAUAAUGGCAAGACAAGUUCAACAUGAUCAUGAGAUUGCUUUACUCAGAUCUUGGAUGGCUAAUCACCUUGCUCCCAAGCUGGGAAUUCCACCUCCGCCUCCUCAUUCGAUUCCACCUCCUUCUCACGUCCCUCAUCCUGGAAAAUCCUCCUCCUCAGAAGGAUCUUCUCCUUCCCUAGCUUCUUAG